CGCGGUAUAACGUUCCACGCCAUUUUCUAUGUAGGUGAAAUGUGAUAUUUGCCAAUUCAAAGAUGGCGAAAGGGACGUCCUCUGACGCGAACGUCUGGUCUCCAUGGUAACCGGGGACAACAGCCAUGGCGGAGGAGAAAGAUGCUGCUGAGGCACUCGUCACAGAUUUGCAAAAGAAAAUCACAGAUGCUUUUGAUGUUUUUGAUCAUGAAAGCAACAAAACUGUAGAUGUCCGAGAGAUCGGGACAAUUAUACGAUCGCUAGGGUGUUGCCCAACCGAAGGGGAACUCCAUGAAAUGCUGGCUGAGAUGGAGGAAGAAGAGCCUACGGGGUACAUCCGAUUUGAUAAAUUCCUCCCAACGAUGACUAAAGUAUUACUAGAAAGAAGGUACCGACCAAUUUCCGAUGACAUUAUUCUUAGAGCAUUUGAGGUUUUAGAUGAAAAUAAAAAAGGAUACCUAACAAGAGAUGAGCUUGUCAAGUAUAUGACUGAAGAAGGUGAACCAUUCACACAAGAAGAGAUGGAGGAGAUGAUCUCAGCCGCUGUGGACCCAGACAAGAAUAUUGUCCCUUAUAAGGAUUAUGCUGCAAUGAUGGUCAUAGAUGACUGACCAACAUUGAAGCUGGUUGGGACCUCUAAUAAAAGAGGCCGUAUUGCACUAGGGCAGGGGCCUGUUUUUGUUUAUUUGUUCAGAUAUGUCAUAUUAAAUUAUACCCCAUGUAUUUAAAA